GGCUCGCGAGCUUCAGGUCAUCUGAAAGUCCGCGAGCAUCCACCGACAGACACCGAGCACCGGAGACAACCGUUAAAAUAUGAACUGGUGAAUUAACAAGCAGAGAAAAUGAUGCAAUGUUUAAAAUAUUUAGUUUUCCGGUGAACAGCGACGCGAUGAAGACGGUGAAUCAACAGGACGAGGCGCGAGACCAUAUCAACAAUGUCAACCGGUUAAUGUCGUUAAAAUGUGAAUGAAAAACAUUUAAAUCACCACAGAAGAAGAAGGUGUAAUGCUGUGACACGGUGAGGGGACACAAACUAAUAAUAAUAAUAAUUAAAGAAAAAACACCUUUAACCUGAAAGCCCAGAGUCACCGGACGAGCUGACGGUACCGGGCUGACACCGGGAGGAUGUCCGUGAUUUAAAUGAAUCACAGACAGUGAAAUCAACAGGAGAACGACCGAACGACGCAGCUUUGUAACGGAAUUCUUACCGGGUUUAAUCUGAGGACCUGUAAACAUGAAGCUCCAUGGCGUGCUCCUCCUCGCCGUGCUGCAGUGCUGCUCGGUUGCUCGCGGUGGCUGUGAGCCGCGGCUGGUGAACAUCGGCGCCGUGUUGAGUCAGAAACGCUACGAGCAGGUUUUCAAGGAGGCGGUGAGCCAGGCCAACACGCUGUACGGAAAGGACAAGUUCAGGCUGAACGCCAUCUCCGUCACGCACAAACCCAAUGCCAUCCAGAUGGCGCUGUCCGUCUGCGAGGACCUCAUCUCCAACCAGGUGUAUGCGAUCCUGGUCAGUCACCCUCCUCAGUCCAACGACCACCUGACCCCGACACCAGUCUCCUACACCGCCGGUUUUUACCGGAUCCCUGUGGUCGGACUGACGACACGCAUGUCCAUCUACUCGGACAAGAGCAUCCACCUGUCCUUCCUGAGGACGGUGCCUCCGUACUCUCACCAGGCUCACGUCUGGUUCGACCUGAUGAGAGAGUUCAGGUGGAACCACAUCAUCCUCAUCGUGAGCGACGACCACGAAGGACGGGCCGCUCAGAAGAGACUGGAGACGCUGCUGGAGGAGCGAGAGACCAAGAUGGAAACACCGGCUGGGGCCUCGACAGGGUUUCCCCCCAGGAGAUAUUUCAGCUCAAUGAAAAAUUUCACUUAUGAUUAUAAAACGUCAACAACAUGAAAUAUCAACAAACAAUGAAGAAAGCAUGAAUUCACUGUUUAUAUAAUAU